GUGUAGCUGAGUGCAUAGGAGUGUGUUGUUCGUGACUGUAUGUUGUAUUCUUAUGUGUAUGGUUGUGCAUUGGGUGAAAGGGUGUUUGUUAAUUUAUGUUGUGAGUGCACACACGCUUGUGUGCCUGUGCCUAUUGUAUUUGUGUGCAUGUGCGCUUUUGUGUACGGAUAUGAGCGUUGUGUGUUUGUAUGUGUGAUUCGGUCUCCGUGUUUGUUCAGUGUAUAUUUGCCUGUGUAUGUGUGAGGGCACAUUUGUGCAUGUUUGUGCAGUGAACAGCUGGAUGCCAACACGCUCCUGCCCCUCCCGGGCGAUCUGCCCCAUCCGGGCUUGGCUUGGGCAGAGGCGGAGGCCAGGGUCCUGGCAGGCGAGUGAAGGACGCGCGCUGGGGCGAGCAGGCAGCGCCUCCGCGGCCGCCACCGCGCCGACUUUACCCUUUAAAUCGGUCUCCAAGCCGAUUACAGCUGAUCUCCCACGUGACGUUUUACCUUCUGUCUCCCGGAGCGCGUUGCCCGAGGACAGUCCUCAGGCUGCCGCGCUCCUCACUGAGAAGCCCGCCUCGGGGCUCGGCUCCCCGCAACUUCGGGUAGAGCCGCACGGGUGCGGGCCACUCGGCACCGGGCUUCCGGGGAUCGGGAGGCGUCGGGGGCCUGAGAGGGCGCGGUCGGGGAGGAGACGGUGCCCCAUCCCGGAUCGGCGCCUUAGGUCUGGGCAGCGGGCGGGGUGCCCUGUGGCAAGCGGUCGGGGGUGCGUCCUCCCAGUGAGUCCUCUGCGAUGGCCCCGCCGCGGGGCUGAAGCUGCGACCCGAACUUCCCCCGCGCCCUCGCUAUGCAGAAAAGCGUGCGCUACAACGAGGGGCACGCCCUGUACCUGGCCUUCCUGGCGCGCAAGGAGGGCACCAAGCGCGGCUUUCUGAGCAAGAAGGCUGCCGAGGCGAGCCGCUGGCACGAGAAGUGGUUCGCUCUCUACCAGAAUGUGCUCUUUUACUUCGAGGGCGAGCAGAGCGGCCGCCCAGCGGGCAUGUACCUCCUGGAAGGCUGCAGUUGUGAGCGGACGCCGGCACCACCCAGGACCAGCGUGGGACCUGCAGGCGCCCGGGACGCUCUGGAUAAGCAGUAUUACUUCACUGUUCUUUUUGGGCACGAGGGUCAGAAACCCCUGGAGCUGCGCUGUGAGGAGGAGAAGGCCGGCAAAGAGUGGAUGGAGGCCAUUCACCAAGCCAGUUAUGCAGACAUUUUGAUUGAGAGGGAAGUGUUAAUGCAGAAGUACAUUCAUCUAGUUCAGAUUGUGGAGACAGAAAAAAUUGCCGCUAACCAACUCCGACAUCAGCUGGAAGAUCAAGAUACCGAAAUCGAAAGGCUGAAAUCAGAGAUUGUUGCUCUUAAUAAAACCAAGGAACGGAUGCGCCCUUACCACAGCCAUCAAGAGGACGAGGACCCAGACAUCAAGAAAAUUAAGAAGGUUCAGAGCUUCAUGAGGGGAUGGCUGUGCAGGAGGAAGUGGAAGACCAUUGUGCAGGACUACAUCUGCUCUCCUCACGCCGAGAGCAUGAGGAAGAGAAACCAGAUUGUGUUCACCAUGGUGGAGGCCGAGUCGGAGUAUGUGCACCAGCUCUACAUCCUGGUCAAUGGCUUCCUCCGGCCCCUGCGGAUGGCCGCCAGCUCCAAGAAACCCCCCAUUAGCCAUGAUGACGUCAGCAGCAUUUUUCUCAACAGUGAAACAAUCAUGUUUCUCCAUGAAAUAUUCCACCAAGGACUAAAGGCAAGGCUGGCAAAUUGGCCUACUUUGAUUUUAGCUGAUCUGUUUGAUAUCCUGCUUCCCAUGCUGAACAUUUACCAAGAGUUUGUGCGCAAUCACCAGUACAGCCUCCAAGUGCUUGCCAACUGCAAGCAAAACCGAGACUUUGACAAGCUCUUAAAACAGUAUGAAGCCAACCCUGCCUGUGAGGGGAGGAUGCUGGAGACGUUCUUGACCUACCCGAUGUUUCAGAUUCCCAGGUAUAUCAUCACGCUGCACGAACUCCUGGCUCAUACCCCCCAUGAGCACGUGGAGAGGAAAAGUCUGGAGUUUGCUAAGUCAAAGCUGGAGGAACUGUCCAGAGUGAUGCAUGACGAAGUGAGUGACACGGAGAACAUAAGGAAAAACCUUGCCAUCGAAAGGAUGAUAGUUGAGGGUUGUGACAUCUUGCUGGACACCAGCCAAACUUUCAUCCGCCAAGGUUCUCUGAUUCAAGUGCCUUCUGUGGAGAGGGGCAAACUCAGUAAAGUCCGCCUGGGCUCCCUGUCUUUGAAAAAGGAAGGCGAGAGACAGUGCUUCUUAUUUACCAAACACUUCCUGAUUUGUACGCGAAGCUCAGGAGGAAAGCUGCAUUUGCUCAAGACAGGUGGGGUUCUCUCCCUCAUAGAAUGUACGCUGAUCGAGGAGCCCGACGCAAGUGACGAUGACUCCAAAGGUUCUGGCCACAUGUUUGGACAUCUGGAUUUUAAAAUAGUAGUAGAGCCUCCUGAUGCCGCCUCGUUCACCGUGGUCUUGUUAGCACCUUCACGCCAGGAGAAAGCUGCAUGGAUGAGUGACAUCAGUCAGUGCGUGGAUAAUAUACGAUGUAAUGGAUUAAUGACCGUAGUCUUCGAAGAGAAUUCUAAAGUUACUGUGCCACAUAUGAUUAAGUCUGAUGCCCGUCUUCACAAAGACGACACUGACAUCUGUUUCAGUAAAACACUCAAUUCCUGCAAAGUGCCCCAGAUCCGCUAUGCCAGUGUGGAGCGCCUCUUGGAGCGGCUGACGGACUUGCGGUUUCUGAGCAUUGACUUCCUCAACACCUUCCUUCACACCUAUCGCAUUUUCACCACUGCCACCGUGGUGCUGGCGAAGCUCUCGGACAUCUACAAGAGGCCUUUCACCUCCAUUCCUGUCAGGUCAUUAGAGUUAUUUUUUGCCACGAGCCAGAACAGUAGAGGAGAUCAUUUGGUGGAUGGAAAAUCCCCACGUCUGUGUCGCAAGUUCUCUUCCCCACCUCCCCUGGCCGCAUCGAGAACGUCCUCCCCAGUGAGGGCCAGAAAGCUGUCCUUGACGUCUUCCUUGAACUCCAGGAUCGGAGCCUUGGACCUGACCACAUCCUCAUCUUCCAGCUGUCCCACCGCCACCCAAAGCCCUGCUGCGUCUCCGCCACCUCACACUGCAGCUGUCCUGGAGUCCGCACCAGCCGACCGAGCAGGGGACUCCGCGGAGCUAUCACCUUGUAGAUCCUCCCCCUCAACUCCCCGGCACCUCCGAUACCGCCAGCCUGGAGGACAGGUAGCUGAUAGUCCCCACUGCUCUGUUUCACCGGCUUCUGCCUUUGCGAUUGCCACAGCUGCAGCAGGACAUGGAAGCCCACCAGGGUUUAACAACACCGAGAGAACAUGUGACAAGGAGUUUAUCAUACGGAGAACAGCCACCAAUCGGGUCCUGAACGUCCUCCGCCACUGGGUCUCGAAGCAUGCGCAGGACUUUGAACUCAAUAAUGAACUCAAAAUGAAUGUUCUAAACUUGCUAGAAGAAGUUCUUCGAGACCCGGACCUUCUUCCUCAAGAAAGGAAGGCCACGGCGAACAUCCUGAGGGCUCUUUCACAAGAUGAUCAAGAUGACAUCCACCUAAAAUUAGAGGAUAUAAUCCAAAUGGCAGACUGUCCGAAGGCCGAGUGCUUUGAGUCUUUGUCCGCCAUGGAGCUGGCUGAGCAGAUCACACUCCUGGACCACAUUGUUUUCAGAAGCAUCCCCUAUGAAGAGUUUCUGGGUCAGGGCUGGAUGAAGCUGGACAAAAGUGAGAGAACACCUUACAUUAUGAAAACCAGCCAGCACUUCAACGAAAUGAGUAACUUGGUGGCCUCUCAGAUCAUGAAUUACGCUGAUAUCAGCUCCCGUGCCAAUGCCAUUGAGAAGUGGGUAGCAGUAGCCGACAUUUGCCGAUGUCUACACAACUACAAUGGCGUCCUGGAGAUCACCUCAGCCUUAAACAGAAGUGCCAUCUACAGGCUGAAGAAAACCUGGGCCAAGGUGUCCAAGCAGACAAAAGCUCUGAUGGAAAAACUUCAGAAGACUGUUUCAUCUGAAGGAAGAUUUAAAAAUCUCAGAGAAACCCUUAAAAACUGUAACCCCCCAGCUGUCCCUUACCUUGGGAUGUACUUGACAGACCUAGCCUUCAUUGAAGAAGGGACACCGAACUUCACUGAAGAAGGCCUUGUCAAUUUCUCCAAAAUGCGAAUGAUAUCACACAUUAUUCGAGAAAUACGCCAGUUCCAGCAGACUGCGUACCGCAUAGACCAGCAGCCAAAGGUCAUACAAUACCUGCUUGACAAAGCCCUUAUCAUAGACGAAGAUACACUCUAUGAACUGUCACUCAAAAUUGAGCCUCGACUCCCUGCUUGAAGAUCUGGCCUUGUCCCUGAGACCAUGGGAAUUUCAUGGCACAGGGGAGGGGACCCAGAGGGACAACGCCUGUCUCCUUUUACCACCAAAGAUGGAACCAGUCUGCAAUUCUGUCUCCAGCCAGAGUGAAGCCCAGAUGCAUGGGUCAAA